AUGAAAGCGGAGCAGGAAAAGUUUGGUCUCACUUUGGCUCGUUCGGUGAGGGGGGAUCGCGACUCGGAUGGGAAGGGGGAAUGGCGGGAAUCCUCCCGAAAGUAUUCAAAACAACGGCUCAAAAUUCGCCGAUUUUUCUGCGAGAUUCCGGAGGAAUAUUCCCGCUUUAACAAGUGGUUGUUGCCUCGCUAUUUCUACCAAGGCUUUGAUCUUUGUGAGUAUUCGGACUUGUUCAAUCAACAGUGCAGUCGUUCAUCGGUCCCUUCCACUCGGCAAAGACCCCCUCUUUCGUUCGAGCAAAGGACGCCUAAUCUGAAAUACGGGUUUUCCUCGAUGCGAAAGAGCUAG